AUGGAGAUUGGCUGGAAGACCUUGAACUUGCUGGAAGACCUUGAAAUUUUUGGAAGACAUGGAUUUUUCUGGAAGACGUGGAUUCUCCUGGAAGAGCUGGAUUUUGUGGAAGACUUAUCAUUGCAGGAAGACGUGGAUUAUCUGGAAGAUGUAGAUUUUCUGGAAGACAUGGAUUUCUGGAAGACCUUGAGGUUAUUGGAAGACUUGCGGUUGCCGGAAGACCUGGAGAUGUUGGAAGACUUUGACACUGGCGCCAUUGGAAACCCUGGACAUUGGAAACAUUGGAAGCACAGGAUGUUGGAGAUAUUGAAAACCUUGUACUUGGGACAGUGGUUAUUGUUACUGCAGAUUUUGGAGGCCCUGAAUAUUAUGACAAUGCAUACUGAAAGGCAGACACUGGAAAUCGUGGCUAUUAGAGACAUGUUAACUUCUAUACCCUGGAACUGCUUAAACACUGCUGGAUAUGGGUAG